CUCCAAAAGUCAGAUCCGGAGUGCGCCAGGAGGAGGAAGGUCGCCGCGCUCUUCUCUCCUCCCUCUCCUCCCUCUCCUCCUUCUCCUCCUUCCUGCGCCCCAUCCUCCCUGCCGCCGUGUGCCAUGAAGAGACAGAACGCCCGCACCCUCGCCCUCAUCGUCAGCAUCCUCACCUACCUGGUGGUGGGGGCGGCCGUGUUCGAGACGCUGGAGUCGCGGCAGGAGCGCAGCCACAAGCGGCGGCUCGACGCCAGGAAGCACGAGCUCAUGCGCAAGUACAACCUGAGCCGGGCGAACUUCGAGGAGCUGGAGCUCGUCGUGCUGCAGCUCAAGCCGCACAAGGCGGGCGUGCAGUGGAAGUUCGCCGGCUCCUUCUACUUCGCCAUCACCGUGAUCACGACCAUCGGUUACGGCCACGCGGCGCCCAGCACCGACUCGGGGAAGGUGUUCUGCAUGUUCUACGCCCUCCUGGGGAUCCCCCUCACGCUGGUCAUGUUCCAGAGCCUGGGCGAGCGGAUCAACACGUUCGUCAGGUACCUGCUGCACCAGGCCAAGAAGUGCCUGGGGAUGCGCCGCACCGAGGUCUCCAUGGCCAACAUGGUGACGGUGGGCUUCUUCUCGUGCAUGAGCACGCUGUGCGUGGGCGCCGCGGCCUUCUCCCACUGCGAGGGCUGGAGCUUCGUCCACGCCUUCUACUACUGCUUCAUCACGCUCACCACCAUCGGCUUCGGGGACUACGUGGCGCUGCAGAAGGACGACGCGCUGCAGAACGACCCGCGGUACGUGGCCUUCUGCUUCGUCUACAUCCUGAUGGGCCUGACGGUGAUCGGCGCCUUCCUCAACCUGGUGGUGCUGCGCUUCCUCACCAUGAACACCGAGGACGAGCGGAGGGACGCCAAACAGAGGGCCCUGAUGACGGUCGGCACGUCCAGGGGGGAGGUGGCCCGCCUGAUCCCCGUCUCGGCCUCGACCUCCUCCACGCCCGUGGCGCAGGACAGCGCAAAGGCCAAAGAUUUGAAAGGCGCCUACACCGAGGUGCUCCACUUCCAGACUAUAUGCUCCUGCCUGUGGUACAGGAGCAAGGAGAAGCUGCGGGGCUCCACACCCACGCUGCUCCCCCAGGAGCUGACGCUCUCCGAUGCCUACUUGCAGCAGAACAUGAACCGCCCGCACUACAUGGAGCCCGGGUCGACGGGCUGCGUUUGCAGUCCGCGUCCGUGCGCGAGCAUAAGCUCCAUCACCACGGGCCUACACCUUCUCUCGCCGUUCAGCGUGUUCAAGCGACGCAGCUCCGUCUGAGCCUUCCGCCCCGCCGCGGCUUUUCGGUAUACGGCACAAUUACAGGUCGGUUGCCGCCUAAGUGGACAGCGGAUGCCUGAGUAGCCGCGAAAAAACGUGACUGCAAAGUGAUGCUUGUGGUGCUAUAAUCCCAGUAAGCCAAUGGGAGGAGGCAGGGGAAAAGGGAAAACAAUGACAAUCAGUACUGUACACAGCAAAAUCCCCCCUCAAAUAUGUAUCUUAGGAAGCACAACGCCAGAUGUUUUGACUCAAGUCUUUCAGGGUUCGUCCUGAGCGAAGUCCCCGGGUGGUCGAGGACAUGUAAGGUGGUCGCCUUACACGGUGCAGGUCGUGUGACGCGAUAUUCGUGUUUGGUUUUCGAGUGCAGACUGAGCAAACGCACAAAGAAAUGGAAAAAUGACAAAAUAACAGAAAAAGCAUCUUGCACAGCUCUGCAGCGAGUUCCAGUUUCCAAUUCUGUCUCUAAUGUUUUGGGCUCUAUUAGGAACGCGUCUUGAUGACCCAAGAUAGAAAAUAGAUUUCACAUCACAGUGUUUUGCAACGGCACCAGUUCACAUUCAGCCGCCAGCCCUCGUACGGAUCGCAUCGUUCAUCUGAACCGACGGUGACUUCGCGUGACUCACGCGCGCGGUUUCGCCUCCGUUCGUCGUUAUUUUCAGUCCUCCGGCGCAUCGGGCGCGAGUGCUGCCGAAUUGAGUGGAGGAAAAAAGUGAGAAGAAAAACAAACCAAACGCGGUGACACACUGUAAUCCCAAACGUGGCGAAGCCGUAUGAGUAAUGAAGUGGAGUGAUCACAAGGGGAGACUCACCAGCGGCACUGGCUGGAACACACUUGACUGGUUUUAAUUCAAACGACUUUAAAAGAACUACUCCACAAAAUGACCCGCAGGCGGAAAUUAUAAAAAUGAGAACAAAUUGAACGUGAUGACUAACCUGCCGGGGGUUUCUUGGAUACUGUAGUGUCCGCGUGGUUCUGCCGGGUGCAGGUAUCGGUCCGGAGCAGGUGCCGGUCUUAUUCACGGCCCUGCGAUGCGACGCCUUUCUUUCUUUCAAUCGAUCCCUCCAGGAACCAGUUAUCACACCCUCAGAGGAACGAUUUCAAAUUUCUUGCUGCAAGUUGGACGGGAAGACCUCCGCCGCCCUGGAGUCAGCGCGGAGCCGGAGACAGGAGGGCCAAAACCAAAACAGGACAACCCCAAUGAUGGACCCUUGGGAGAGUUGAAUAUCCAAUGCGUCUCUGGCAUCGAUGUCCGCGGGGUGUGUUGACGCUUCCGCGUGGACCUGGGCGGCCGCGAGGCUCCGCGGCUCAUUCGCCAUCACACUGAAUCACCGGGUGAUGGCGUCAUCAUCAGGCGACAGGAUGUGAUGUCAGGGAGUUUUAAAUCCCCAAAGAUUCAUUCAAAAACUCUCCAAGAAUGUGGCCGGUUGUUGCUCUUGUGAAUCAAAUCGGAACGCAAGUGACGAGGAAAGAAUAUAAAGACCCAAAAUGUCUAUGUUUGUCAUCUCUGACAUCCCAAUGUGCUUUAGUCUCAGUGUGAGAUCAUACAUGACGAAAGAAAAGCACCGCGUUGUCACGUUUUGGAUUGUUGAAAGGCAUUCUGGGAAAUCCCCCACCCCGGGGGCGUGCGAUGAAAUACUUCACCUCAAAUCCAUGUUAAAGAAUACUACUAGUCAAAGUACUGUAUGCGAAAUGAUACGUGGGUAAAAGUACAGAGAUAUUAUAAGCAAUAUGUACUGGAAGUAUCAAAAAAUAAAAGUAUACUAUAAUCCUCCCUGUGACCGUCUUAAUUGUUUUGUAAUAUUUCCCUCUGCGAUGUUGUGGAGGAGACGAAAUCUAAAAUAGCAAUAACUAGGGUGACGGGAAUGUGGCCGCUACAAUAUUAAAUGAUUCAAGAUUUUAAUUUGAAGAUCACUCAUGGAACAAUUCAAAGGUGUUUUUUACUUUUCCUUUCUGCCAUUAAUUGGUCAUUUGACUUACAAAUUAUAUUUGAUCGCUGCCUUUUUUUUGUCUCACGAGAAACUGUUUUUAUGUGUCAGGGAAAAUUGUCCUGCACCGUACGAAAUACUAAAGAGGGCCACGCUACAGAAAGAAAGUGUAUGAUUUGAUUCUUUCUGCUUUUGACUUGAUUUUGAGUAGUAAAGUACUGUAUCAUGUUGCAUGAACAGGCCUCUCUGUGUCAUGCUUGGAAAAUAAAAAUAAAAUGAAAUAAAACAUGA